AAGGACGGUGUGUCCAUACGGCUUCCAGUGGGUAGAGAUCCUAGUUAAAGCAGCAGCAGCAGCGGUGGUCAGUCCGAUUUAAGUCAAAGUUGCACCAAUGCAGCGGGUCUCCACGGACCGGGCGGGGAUAUCGCCAGUCAAGGGAGUGGGGGGUUUAAGUUCCGCCUGCGCGCUCAGAGGUGAACGUUUGACGGCCGCGAUGACGCUCCUUAACUAACCCGGAAACGGCAACCGCACAUCGCUUUUCUUCUGCCAGCCGACACCGCUGCCUUCUAGCGUGCUCUCCAGCAGCCGUCGACUCUGUUUUUCUCCAAGCAUCAAGAGGCUGACCUGCUGGAGGACAGUGACCUGGGGCCAUCUACCAGGACGGGCCUCCCUGCUCCUGACUGACAGCCACACACCUCCACUGCUGGGACGUGACAUGGGGAACCUACUGAAAGUUUUGACAUGCACAGAUCUGGAACAGGAGCCCAAUUUUUUCCUCGAUUUUGAAAAUGCCCAGCCCACAGAUGCAGAGCGUGAGGUGUGGGAGCAGGUGGAUGUGGUACUGAAGGAUGCGAAAGGGGUCCUGGACGAGCUGCAGGCGUAUAAGGGAGCAGGGCAGGAGAUCAGAGAGGCAAUCCAGAAUCCAAGUGAUGAGGCUUUACAGGACCAGGCGUGGGCAGCUGUGGUUCCUUCAGUGGGAAAACUGAAGAAGUUCUACGAGUUCUCCCAAAGAUUAGAGGCCGCGCUGCACAGCCUCCUGAGAGCUCUGACCAGCGUGACCUAUGACCCCACUCAGCACCUGGAACGGGAGCAGGCGCUGGCCAAGCAGUUUGCAGAGAUCCUGCACUUCACACUGCGCUUCGACGAGCUUAAAAUGACAAAUCCUGCCAUUCAGAAUGACUUCAGUUACUACAGGAGAACCCUGAGCCGCAUGCGGAUCAACAACGUACCGGCAGAGGGUGAGAAUGAAGUUAACAACGAACUGGCCAAUAGGAUAUCGCUGUUCUAUGCUGACGCCACACCCAUGCUGAAGACAUUAAGUGAUGGCACAACAAAGUUUGUAUCGGAGAAUAAGAACCUGCCUAUUGAGAACACGACAGACUGCUUAAGCACAAUGGCGAUGGUGUGUAAAGUCAUGUUGGAAACACCCGAGUACCGCAGCCGAUUCAGCAGCGAGGAGACGGUGUCUUUCUGCCUCCGGGUCAUGGUCGGCGUCAUCAUCUUGUACGACCAUGUCCAUCCUGUAGGAGCCUUCGCUAAGUCGUCCAAAAUCGACAUGAAAGGGUGCAUCAAAGUCCUCAAAGAUCAGCCUCCGAACAGCGUCGAAGGCCUUCUCAAUGCUCUCAGGUACACAACCAAGCAUCUGAAUGAUGAAUCGACCAACAAGACAAUCAAGAGCAUGCUGCAGUGAGACUGAGCUGCUGCUGCCUCAGCCUGCUGGGGGGAGACACCACUCUCCUGACGGAUGUCAGUGCACAGAAUGUUUUGUGUGUGUGUGUGUGUGUGUGUGUUUGUGUGUGUGUGUGUGUGUGUGUGUGUGUGUGUUUUUAUUGUUUUUGUUUUUUUAAUUGGAAAAAAAGAGCUGCAUCUCCUCCCUCAUUUAUAAUGCAAAAUGCUACUGCCGUAAUGAACAUCUUUUUCUGUGCCUAAAAGAUGUUGCUGUAAUGUUUUUUUUGGUUUUUAAAUGUCUUGGUUUUUCCCUGUACAGGAAAUGGGAGUGCUUUGACUUGAAAAUUUUAAAGAGAAAUAUAUAGAGAUCUAUACAUUAUUUUUGUUUGAUUUGUUAUUUAAUAUUACAUCCUUUGCAUGAUGAUAUUGUCUAUUUAAAAAAAAACAAACAAAUGGUUCAGUUGGUCUGCUCUGUUGUGCAUUAUUAAAUGUUUUAUUGAAAUGGUACUUGUCAAAGUGAGGUUUAAAAGUACUGUUUUUAUAUAUUUUUAAAGGUUUUAAUUUGUGCAUGUCGUUUUUUGUUUUGUUUUUUUUGGUUUUGUUUUUGUUUUGAAAACUUCAAACUGUGACAUGUGCAGAUUCAAGUUAAAAUCAGGCAUCUGUGUAAAUGGACCUGUAUGUCGCGGCUGCAGAAAUUAAAAGGAGAACUCUUGUUUUCUA